CCCUGUUUCUUCUCUUUCUACAGGUCUCAAAGGCUGACCUGACAAUGGGAUCUACAAACCACUGAAGUGGCUCUGACAAAAGAACAGGGGAAACAGGAGGAAAGUAGAGGAGACAAGGAGAAAAACACUAAACAAAAGGAGAGGGGACUCUCAGAGAGAGAAAGAGCCCUUAUUGAAAAGAAAAGCGGAGGUGGGCUCGGGGAGGAUCAGCUUUGUCCAUCGGUGUGGGGUUGGGGGUGCAUGCUUGUCCUCUCCAGUGGGUUUCCUCCUUUGUGAGAGAGAGAGAGAGAGAGUUAACAAAAGACACAGAAUGUGCAAUAAACAGAGAGGAGAAUGUCGACCGGCGGAGGAGGCUGGAGCGGCGAUGCCUGGUCUGGGGAGGAGAACCAGUGUGGUACUACUACUGGCUCUCCUGGUAGCCAUGGUCCAGGGACAGGUUGAGGUAAUGGGGGACAUGCUGCUGGAUGGACCCGGGGAGCUGGAGGCCUCCAUGCACUCGUCCAUACUGUCAGACUUCCAGGAGGUGGAGGCAGAUGGCUGCACUGGGACUGGAAGAGCAACAUCCUACAGGGURUACCACUGGAGGAGGACAAGGGUGUCCACUACAUCGCCGUCUCCACAUCCAACGGCAGCCAGGACAUCUUCUCCAUCGAGGUGCACCCAGAGGAACACGCCGACCCGAUCCAGCUAGCCAUUCAGUCAGCAUCCAACAAUGAGGUCAAGCCGUUUGUCUGCGGCACAGAGGAACCGGUGACGGUGCUCACGGUGAUUCUGGACGCCGACCUCACCAAGAUGAGCUCCAGGCAGAGGGUGGAGCUGCUGAGUAAGAUGAAGAAGUUCUCUGGCGUGGCGCUCCAGCACAUGAAGAUACUUCCCGUGGUCAACAACAGAUUGUUCGACAUGACCGCCUUCAUGGCCGGACCGGGAAAUGCCAAAAAGGUGGUGGAGAACGGAGCCCUGUUAUCCUGGAAGCUGGGRUGUUCCCUYGACCAGAGCAAUGUCCCCAACAUCAGCAGCGUCCAGGCACCGGCGAAAGAAGGCACUAUGUCUGCUCAGCUGGGAUACCCUGUGGUCGGUUGGCACAUCGCCAACAAGAAGCCUCAUAUCCCCAAACGGGUGAGGCGCCAGCUCAACAAUACCCCUACCCCUGUUCUUGUUGUGCUUCCCCCAACGUCUGUUGUCGAGCCCCCUAUUCGCAUUGUACCCACACUGUCGUCACCUGCCAUUGCUGCCCCCACAGACAGCUCUGCCCCACCCAUGAGAGGYCCUGUGCCCUUGCCCAUGAAGCCCACCAUCCGUGUCAGAGACUCWUAUGCCCACACUCCCACUCAGGGUGCACCCCUGCCAACCAGAGUGAUGGAGUCCACUAGUACCAUCUCCAUUCAACCCACCAUGACCAGGCAUACUGUUGUGGAAGCCACACCGACACUCCCUCCACCCACCACAGUUGCCACCAGAAAGCCAACCAAGAAACCAAAGAGACCGAAGACCACUCCGAUGCCAAGGGAGCCCAAGACCACCACAGUCAAACCAGUCAGGCYCACCACCCCUUCGUCCAUCGUGCCUGACCCAAYAAAUGAGAAACCAGAUCUCCGCAACCCCAUCGAUCAGGUCAAUGCCUUCGUGGGCACAUACUUUGAAGUGAAGAUUCCAUCCGAUACAUUCUUUGACAAGGAGGACGGUACAACAGACAAACUAAGGUUGACCUUGAGGAUGAACCACAAUGAAGUUGUCGGGGAUGACUCCUGGAUACAGUUUAAUAGCACAAGCCAGCUGCUGUACGGUCUUCCAGACUCACAUCACGUUGGGAAGCACGAGUACUUCAUGCAGGCCACCGAUAAGGGUGGUCUGAACGCGAUCGARGCCUUCGAGGUCCGUGUGAACCGCUGGGCAUCCAACGAUAAGUCCCCGGUCCUGUUCCAGGCCCGCUUACACGGAGAACCUCGCCUGGUGACCAAUGACAUCCACAAGAAGAUUCUGCUCAUCAAGAAGCUGGCGUACUCGUUCGGUGACCGCAACAGCAGCACGGUCACCCUGAGGAACAUCACCAAGGGAUCCAUCGUGGUGGAGUGGACCAACAACAGCCUCCAGCAGAACCCCUGUCCCAAGGAGCAGAUUCAGACCAUGUCCAGGAGGAUCUCUGACGCCCAGGGAAGGCCCUCCCAGACCUUCAUCUCCGCCAUGGAACCGGACUUCAUACCCAUCAGCAUCAAGGUCAAAGGAACGGGUGCCUGCCGGAACUACAUGUUUGUCCCGCCUGGUGAAAUCACUAUCCCUAUCCCCCCGGCUGUCACGCCGGCGCUGGGCACCGGACGCCAGAGCACAGACGACGUCUACCUCCACACGGUGAUUCCGGCCGUGGUGGUGGCGGCCAUCUUGCUGAUCGCUGGCAUCAUCGCCAUGAUCUGCUACCGCAAGAAGCGCAAGGGCAAGCUGACCAUCGAGGACCAGGCUACCUUCAUCAAGAAGGGGGUGCCCAUCAUCUUCGCAGACGAGCUUGACGACUCCAAGCCGCCUCCGUCCUCCUCCAUGCCCCUCAUCCUGCAGGAGGAGAAACCCCCUCUUCCCCCACCGGAGUACCCCAACAUGGCCAGUCCAGAGACCACCCCCCUGAACCAGGACCUUCUGGGUGAGUACACGGCUCUGAGGGACGAGGACCCCAACGCGCCCCCCUACCAGCCCCCYCCCCCCUUCACCGCACCCAUGGAAGGUAAAGGAUCUCGUCCAAAGAACAUGACCCCUUACAGAUCCCCACCACCUUACGUGCCACCCUAAGGGUUUAGCAGGCUCCUCCAGAGAAGGAGGAGGGAAGCAGGGGGACUUGUAACGGUCUCAAUUCAGUGUCUGUUUGGAAAUAAGGGGUGGGAGGAYGAGGACAAAGUGGGAACAAACUUUGGAUUUUGGGUUGGGAGGGUUUUGGGGUGAUCUGAUUGAGUCUGAGUUGAAGUUGUUGGAAAGAUGGGAGGGAGAACUAGAUGUUAGCCGCGGCGACAGUAGCCACAAAAAGGACACUAUUCAGUCUGUCGUCUCAUUGGCUACAGCUGAAUGGCUAGUUUUGGAAGACACACCCCUCUGGUCCCAGCGCUUUUUUUUUCUCCGUUUGAAACUAAAUGGGCGUUUGUUUUAAUUUAGUUAUUUGGUUCUGUUUAGGUUAGUUUUUGGGGUGGGGGGUGGGGGGUUUUGUGAUUUCAAACGAAAUCAAACGACUUGCUUAACAGCACUCUUUUUAUGUUAUUUUAUCUUGAAUAAUACAAGAAGAUAAUAAACAAACACACUACAGGCAAAAAGGUUUUUAAUAGAGAGAGAGAGUUCUAUGAAUAAAAACAGAAACAACAUAAUCAUGUGGAUCUGCACCAGCCCUGCAGCUAGCCCUGCAGCUAGCCCUGCAGCUAGCCCUGCAGCUAGCCCUGCAGCCAGACAGACAACACAGUGGCUUGUCGAGCGGUGGGUCAGUGUUUCGAGUCAAUAAGGUUUGCCUUUUAACACUAAUUGUAUAUUUGUAUCCUUAUUCACACAAUGUCUAGUCAAGAUGAUCAUAACAAAGUUAGCCUAAACAAUCAUUAGAAAUUUGUUUAAAAAACGUUCUGUUUGUUUUAUUAGUUUUGUUUUUAAAUCCACUGUAUAUCUGGAUGGUUCUGAUUGACAGACAGACAGACAGACAGACAGACAGACAGACAGACAGACAGACAGACAGACAGACAGACAGACAGACAGACAGACAGACAGACAGACAGACAGGACAGACAGACAGACAGGAUCUCUCCCUCGAUCAGAAAGGAACGGUAAAACAAAUAGGUAGACCCAGCCCAGUCAGGACUAACAAGCAAACAUUACCGUUAGCUAAUGUUAGCACGUAGGGCAACCAUGACAACUGUGAUUCUACAACAGCCUGGCCCAGUUAUUAUCAGAAUAGUUUUGACUUGAAGCUCAAGGAUUUUUACCUUGCCUGGGUUUCCCGAAGCCACCCAAAAUCAUUCAAGAGGGAAAUACAAUACAAUGUCCCUCUUUGUUAUUAUUAUUUAAAAUGGCUCCCUUAUCCGAAUAUGAUCAUAACAUUGACAAUUUGAAUGCCAUGUUGCCUUUAUGGUGAUGCGAUGUGUCUUCUGUAUAUAGCUAUCGAUCGCCUGUUGAAAUAAUAUUAAGUGUAUUUAUACUUCAAAAAUGUUUGUGUAAAUCAGAUAUGGAAAAAGCCUCCUGCAGUUUAUUUAGACAAGGAGUCAUUAUUUUUUUUAUGUAGUGAUGAUGAUGAUGAUGAUGAUGCUCUUGUUCUCACAGUUUAUGCGGGAAACAGUUCAUUGCUGUUGAGAGUGAUUUAGAACGUCCUGAAAGGGAUACAAUCUUUAUUCACAACUCAAAGGUCAUUGUAAGACGAGAGAGGAGAGAGAGAGAGGAGAGGAGAGGAGAGGAGAGGAG